AUGUCAAUGCAUGCCAAGACAGACUCAGAGGUGACAAGCCUAGCACCAUCGUCACCGAACCGGCCGGUCUAUUAUGUGCAGAGCCCAUCACGAGACUCUCACGAUGGAGAGAAGACCACCAACUCCUUCCACUCAACGCCGGUCCUCAGCCCCAUGGGGUCACCGGGUCGCCAUUCCCGCGAGUCAUCCUCCACCAGGUUCUCCGGUUCGCUCAAACCCGGUUCUGGCAAGGGCGGCGACGGAUCAAGAGGCAGACACAACCAUCGCAAGAGUGAGAAGCAAUGGAAAGAGUUUGACGCCAUUGAAGAAGAAGGUCUUCUUGAUGACGAUGGGACCUACAAUGGCAUACCUCGACGGUGCUAUUUUGUGGCUUUUGUUGUGGGUUUCUUUGUUCUGUUCAGUUUCUUUGCUUUGAUCUUAUGGGGGGCUAGUCGAAAUCAGAAACCUAUCAUCAUCAUGAAGAGUAUAUCAUAUGAUCAAUUCAUAAUUCAAUCUGGUUCAGAUAGCACAGGGGUAGCCACAGAUAUGGCGUCCAUGAACUCCACUGUCAAGCUCAUUUUUCAUAAUAAGGGGACAUUCUUCGGGGUCCACGUUACUUUUUUACCUCUUGAUAUCUUCUAUUCUCAACUCACUGUAGCCACCGGAACUAUAAAAAAGUUCUAUCAAUCAAGAAAGAGUCAAAGAACAAUAACAGUGAUAUUGAGUGGAAGUAAUAUCCCAUUAUAUGGAGGGGGCUCAGACCUGAGCAGCCAGAAUGGGAUACCAACUUUACCAGUGCUACUGAGCUUGAACUUCAGAGUUCGAGCCAAUGCUUACGUGCUGGGCAAACUGGUCAAGCCCAAGUUCAACAAUGGAGUCCAGUGUUCUUUGGUUUUGGAUCCCAAAAAGAUGAAUGUGGCCAUUUCCUUGAAGAAUUCUUGCACAUACGAGUAA